AUGGCUACUACAUCUCAAGUUUACAGAUCUACUAGAUCAUCAGAUAAAGAAACCAAAACUUUUGAAGAAGUUGUCAUUCAAGGUCUAGCCAAAGAUGGUGGUUUAUUCAUCCCACCAACUAUUCCACAAGUUUCUCAAGAAACCUUAUUUUCUAAAUGGUCUAAGCUAUCUUUCCAAGAAUUAGCUUUUGAAAUUAUGCGUCUUUACAUCGAUUCCAAUGAAAUCCCAGAUGCUGAUUUGAAACAAUUAAUCAACAGAUCAUACUCCACUUUCCGCUCCACUGAAGUCACUCCAUUAGUGAAAAACGUCACCGGUAACAAUGAAAACUUACACAUCUUAGAAUUAUUCCAUGGUCCAACUUACGCCUUCAAAGAUGUCGCAUUACAAUUCGUCGGUAAUCUUUUCGAAUAUUUCUUACAAAGGACUAAUGCAUCAUUACCAGAAUCUGAAAAGAAACAAAUAACAGUCGUCGGUGCAACUUCUGGUGAUACCGGUUCCGCCGCUAUCUACGGUCUAAGAGGUAAGAAAGAUGUUUCUGUCUUCAUCCUAUACCCAACUGGUAGAAUCUCUCCAAUUCAAGAAGAACAAAUGACUACUGUUCCUGAUAAAAAUGUUCAAACACUAUCCGUCAAGGGUACUUUUGAUAAUUGUCAAGAUAUCGUCAAGGCUAUCUUUGCUGAUAAGGAUUUCAAUAAAAGACAUAACGUCGGUGCUGUCAACUCCAUUAAUUGGGCUAGAAUUUUGGCUCAAAUGACUUACUAUUUCUAUUCAUAUUUCAAAGCCAUUGAAGGUAAGGAUCAAUCCGCUGUGAAGGUUAAAUUCGUCGUGCCAAGUGGUAAUUUUGGUGAUAUUUUGGCUGGUUAUUUUGCUAAGAAAAUGGGGUUACCUGUGGAAAAAUUAGUCAUUGCCACUAACGAAAAUGAUAUCUUAGAUAGAUUCUUGAAAUCUGGUGACUACGAAAGAUCCGAUGAAGUCGCUGCCACUUUAUCUCCUGCUAUGGAUAUCUUGAUUUCAUCCAAUUUCGAAAGAUUACUUUGGUACCUAGCUCGUGAAAAUUUAGCUGGAAACGAUGAUUUGAAAGCAGGUGAAAUUGUCAACGGUUGGUUUCAUGAAUUGAAAUCCAAUGGUAAAUUCCAAGUUGGUCAAGCUGUCAUUGAUGGUGCUUUGAAAGAUUUCGCUUCUGAAAGAGUCUCCGAUGAAGAAACUGCUGCUACUAUCAAGAAGAUAUAUGAAGAAUCAGUUAACCCUAAGAAAUACGUCUUAGAUCCACAUACUGCUGUUGGUGUUUGUGCUAGUAAAAGAUUAAUUGCCGCUGAUAACAAUGCGUCUAUAAAUUACAUCUCAUUAUCUACUGCUCAUCCAGCUAAAUUUGCUGAAGCUGUCAACAAUGCCUUAUCUUCUUUCGAAGGUUACUCUUUCGAAAAGGAUGUUUUACCUGAAGAAUUGAAGAAGUUGUCAACUUUACCAAAGAAAUUGAAAUUCAUUGAGAAAGCUGACAUCGAAUUAGUCAAGGCUGCUAUUGAUGAAGAACUAGCUAAAAUGGAUUUAUAA